AUUUAGCCCGGAUAUUAUCGAUAUUAAAUUUCGCCAUAUUUAAUGUAAUUCUAUUUAAAAAAGAUACUAUACUAUAAAAUCGAUAUAAUAUAAGCAUACGAUGUCAAUAAAUUCAGAGACAUCUGAAGUACAAAAAAGACGCUCAUCAAGAUCACCCUUCAAUGAUAGAAAUGCAUCUAAAAAAUCGAGAAUUGAACAGUUAGAAAUGGAAACUAGAAUUUUAAUCCCUAGCAAACAUGCUGGGGCUAUUAUUGGAAAAGGAGGUUCAACAAUUAAUAGACUAAGGGAAAAGUUUGCCAUUACCUUGAGUCUCCCUGAUAGUUCUACCCCAGAACGAGUUUUUUCACUUACUGGUGGCACCUUGAAAAAUCACAUUGAUUGUUUAGAGGAAGUACUACAAAUUUUAAAAGAGUCAAAUAGAGUUGAAAAUGAGAAUGAAUGUGAACUGAGAAUAAUUGUUCAUCAAAGCCAAGCAGGUGCUGUUAUAGGAAAGGGUGGUAAUAGAAUAAAAGAAAUGAGAGAAAGAACAAAUUCUAUUGUUAAGGUAUAUUCAACUAUGUGUCCUAAUUCCACUGAUAGAAUAGUAUUGAUUGCUGGAACAACUGCAGAAAUAAUUGAGUGCCUUUAUGAAGUCUAUGAUUCUUUGGACAAAGCUCCACCCAAGGGUCCAAGAUACAACUAUAAUCCCUAUGAUUAUGAUUAUUAUUCUGCUCCUGAUUAUGGUGGUUUCCAGGGUGAUAGGCCUAGGGGAGGUAAUAAUAAUGGCCAAAAUAUGCCUCCUUUAAAUCAAAGAUCGUCCAACAAUAACAGGGGAGAUUUUAGGGGAAGGGGUUCUGGUAGAAGUUCUAGUAAUAGAUCAAACAAUCCCCGAAAUAAUACACCUUCCAGGGGAGGUGGUCACCAUUCACUUACACCUCCUUCCUUUAACUUUGGAGGGUCAAAUAAAAUGCCUCCCCCUAUGCCACCCCAUUUUUUUACCCCUGGUGGACCUGGUAUGAAAGAUGAUUCUACAGGAAAUAGGAGGAUUAACAUGAUGCCACCACCUCCUUCACACAGUGAUUUUGACAAUGAUUUUAACAGACAAGGUGGUCUUCCUUUCCUCAAGCAAGAAAAUGGGGAUGGAAAUGAAAAUUCUACCCAAGUUACCAUUCCCAAAGAUCUUGCUGGGGCUAUUAUUGGUAGAGGUGGGGAAAGAAUCAGACAAAUACGAGAGGAAUCACAAGCCAAGAUUAAGAUUGAUGAAACAAUCCAUGGUGACAAUGAAAGGAUUAUUACUAUUGAGGGAAAUUCGGAAGCUAUUAGAUAUGCCCAAGUUUUGCUGCAAGAUGCCGUUCGGCGAUUCGGUGGGAAGAAAGCGAGAUUUUAAUGCUUAUUGGUUUACUUAGAGGAGAACUUGUUGUAAAAAUAAGAUGCUUAUGACGGAUACAUUUUAAAAAUAUUUUCAUUUAGAAUUUUUUAUUAUUAUAUAAUUCAUAUGUAAUACAUAAAUAUAUAUUCAUAAUACUAUUAAUUAUAUUAUUGUUGAUUAUAUAUGUAAUCUGUUUUAAUAAUAUAUAAUUAGAAUAGAUUUUAAAUAAAGGCUAUUUAUUACUCUCUA